AUGACGACGACAACAACAGUGGCUGCAGCAGAAUCUUAUUUAUCUGAUGAAUGUUGGAAACAUGUCUUCAAAUUCCUCGAAGAUGGCCACCACAACAACAGUAACUUGAUGUCUCUAUCCCUCGCCUCCAAAGAGUUUCUCUCCAUAACCAAUCGUCUACGAUCCACUCUCAGUAUAUUUGCUGGUAAUCCAACAACAAUAAGCCUCUUCCUUAGAUUCUCCAACCUCACUUCUCUCGAUCUCAAGUUUUACCAUGGAGACGUUGACGUGCUUCUCCGUCAAAUCUCUUGUUUUCCAUUGAAACUCACAUCACUCAACCUCUCCAACCAACUAACCAUUCCUGCAAGUGGGUUACGAGCUUUCUCCCGAAAUAUUACAACUUUAACUUCUCUGACAUGUUCUGGAAUUUAUUCUCUCUGUAGCAGUGACCUGUUCCUCAUCGCCAAUUGUUUCCCUUUACUUGAAGAACUCGACCUCAGUAAACCUGCACAGUUCAAAGAUCACAGUAAUUUCCUCAAUGCGAUAAAGUUUCUCUCGUUGACCCUGUUCGAACUCCGUAAGAUUAAUCUCACCGGUCAUGACUACAUCAACGAUCAAUCACUUCUCCACUUGUUCAAAAAUUGUAAGCUUCUUGAGGAGGCCAUCAUGUUUAAUUAA